AUUUGUUGAUAAUUCAUAAUUUGUAAAUUGUAAGGUUUCCGAUAAGAGUAGGUUUGAUUUGAAGAAUGUUAAAUUAGUGGAUAGUGACACGAAGUAUCGCAAAACUGAUAAUUUUUUAAUUCAAAGUUUAAAAUUUGCUCUGUCGAUUAUAUUCAUCGCUAAUCUUGAUUGUGUUGUGUCCACUCAACAUGAUCAGCACGGUUUCACACCAUCUCUUCACACCCCCGUCCAACUGGCCGGGCCAUUUACAAUUAGUUUAAUGAAUGACUUCCGACUCUUCUCUCACGUAGACUAAGGCUUUCAAAAGUAAUACUCAUGUUUAAACAAAGUUCUAAAUUUAUUUUAACCCUACUCGUGUUCUUUUGUAAACUAAAAUGUUCCCUUUGCUCCUUGGGCGAUAGCUUUCCCUAUUACAGAACCUGCGUCUCCGAAUGCAGUAGGAGUAUCUGUGAUGAAGAUGGAUACCACAAAAAAGAACGAUCUCCAUCCUAUUUCGAAGAAAUGUUCGAAUGGCAGUGCACCUCCGAAUGCCGAUAUGUUUGUAUGUGGGACCUAGUGGAGGCUUUUGAGAGGAAAGGUUGGAAUGUACCACAAUUUCACGGAAAAUGGCCAUUUGUCCGAUGGUGGGGCUUGCAAGAGCCGGUUUCUAUGAUCGCCUCAGUCAUACAUCUAUUAGUCACCAUUUAUAUGUUCCGUUAUUUUUACAAAAGAGUUUGCUCAAAAUCUCCCAUGUAUUGGAUUUGGGUAACGUAUGCUGUGGUGUUAAUGAAUUGCUGGACGUGGUCUGCUCUAUUUCAUGCACGGGAUCUACCUUUUAAUGAAAUAAUGGACUAUAUCAGUGCUUUUGCAGCUAUUUUAUUUGGUUUCUUCGCUAUUGGCUACAGAGUGUUGUUAAAUAGCCCAUCUCGCAUUUUGUUCUCUAUCUGCUGUCUGUUGUAUUUUCUGAAUCACACAUUGUAUCGAACAUUGGAUGAAAAUUUUGACUAUGCUUACAAUAUGAAAGCUAAUAUUGUUCUCU